AUGCCUAUGAAACAGAUUGCCAAGACAUACAGGACUUCGAAACACCCCUCAAGGAGACGAGAGUUUGGGCCCGUGACUCCAGCCGGCACCGACAUCGCGUCACCUAAGCAACUUGAGUUGGAGGACAAGAUCGCAAAGAAGCGACAGGAGAUUCUGGGCCUUGAAUCCGAGUUGGCGGCUGAAAAGGAGCGUCAUUCAGAAGAGACGGCCAAGAAGAAGAUGAAAUUCAAUCAACUUUUAGAUCUUCGCGGGGACUCUAUCCCUGACCAGCUCGGGUUCUUGGUGGAUGACAUGGAUAAGAUAUGGUUGCCCAUGCUCUCACUGUACAAAGAGGUCCAAAGGAGCAUCUCGGUUCUCAUGGAUGAGAGGGACGCGAUUGACUUCCACGAGUUCACCGAUGAGGAGCUUGAUGCUCUGGAGUGGCUAGGUCGUACCAUAGCCGAAGACCGGAGGUCGGUGGUCUAUCCCAUUUAUACCAGUGUGCCCACACUCGAAGAAAUUCGCGACAAGCUGGGAAACAUGGUGAUGAAGGCCAAGAAGGAGUGA